AUGUCCUACUUCGUGGUCCGGUUCGGCAAUAAUAGGCUAUUCCACGACAUGACGGAAGAGACACUUCGCGCGCACCGACCCUCGCAACUGAACAGCCCGUCCCCUAUCAGUGCCGAACUGAACGUAUACAACGACUACUGGAGCGAUAAACUGGCGUGCGAUGUAACUAAAGUGAUCGAGGUCGGUGGGGAUGAUGGACUCACGCAGGUGUCGUUCCGGUGCGAUCAACCAGACACGGAAACCGGGUCCGUGAAAAGUGGCGGACAGACAGUCUACACGUCCAGUAGUUCAGGGUAUCACAUGAAUAGCCACUCCAUCGAUAUAAAGAUCAAUUCAGACGCCUUUCACGAGAGCUUUCACUCGACUAAUACGACACACGUUAUGUUGUGCGGACUCAUGCUAUUCAAGGGACCCGACGAUUGUGGUCUACCCGAGGAGGUGCCCAACGCCCAGAUCAUUGCCAGCCAUAGUGAGGGGUAUGUGAGGUAUAAGUGCGACGAUGGCUACAAAUUGGUGGGCAAUGAGAUUGUCCGGUGCAGCAAAUUAGGCAAUUGGAUGCUAGCUUAA